AUGGCGGCGACGUCGCUCCUGCGCCUCUGUGCCGCCGCCGCGCUUGCGCUGCUCCUGCUCGUCGGAGCGGCGCCUCUGACAGAAGCUUACGACCCUCUUGAUCCAACCGGGAACAUCACAACCAAAUGGGAUAUCACUCAGUGGACUGCAGAUGGCUAUGUUGCUGUUGUUUCCAUAAACAAUUACCAGAAGUACCGUCAUAUCCAAGCACCUGGGUGGCAUCUUGGGUGGGCUUGGACAAAGAAGGAGGUCAUCUGGGGAAUGAUGGGUGCACAGACAAUAGAGCAAGGGGAUUGCUCUCAAUUUAAAGGCAAUAUACCACACUGCUGCAGGAGAGACCCAACAACAGUUGACUUGCUUCCUGGUGCGCCUAACGGCAUGCAGGUGGGAAAUUGUUGCAAAGGAGGAGUUCUUAACUCAUGGGGGCAAGAUCCAGUCAAUGCAGUGGCAUCGUUUCAGAUCACUGUUGGCCGAUCCGGAACGACAAAUAGGACAGUGAAAGCACCGAAAAACUUCACCCUCAAGGCCCCAGGUCCAGGGUAUACCUGUGGAGCAGCCCAGAAAGUAAAACCUCCCACUAAGUUCAUUUCGCUCGAUGGAAGGAGAACAACUCAAGCGCAUGUGACUUGGGAUGUGAUAUGCACAUAUUCACAGUUUGUUGCUCAAAGAGGUCCUGCUUGUUGUGUUGCACUAUCAUCGUUUUACAACGAAACGAUAGUUGACUGCCCAAAGUGCUCAUGUGGCUGCCAGAACAACAUAACCAACCCUGGGAGCUGCGUUGAGGUUAAUUCGCCUUACUUGGCUUCAGUGGUGAAUGGACCUGGCAAGGGCAGCUCGACCCCCCUAGUGCGAUGCUCACCCCAUAUGUGCCCAAUCAAGGUGCACUGGCAUGUUAAGGCCAACUACAGGGACUACUGGAGGGUGAAGAUCACCAUUUCAAACUGGAACUACCGGAUGAACUACUCCCAGUGGAACCUGGUUGUUCAACACCCAAAUUUCGACAAUGUCACGACAAUUUUCAGCUUCAACUACAAAGCAUUGAACCCCUAUGGAGUAAUAAAUGAUACCGCGAUGCUGUGGGGUCUCAAGUACUACAAUGACCUGCUCAUGGUGGCUGGGCCAGACGGCAACGUGCAAUCCGAGCUUCUGUUCAGGAAGGACCCGUCGACCUUCACUUUCGAGAAGGGCUGGGGUUUCCCAAGACGCAUAUACUUCAACGGUGAGAGCUGCGUCAUGCCUCAGCCAGAUUUGUACCCAUGGCUGCCAAGCUCCUCCCCGAGACUGACGAAGACGGCAUUUCUGGCCCUGGCCAUCGUCGCUUGCGCGACGGUGGCGUUCUUGUACAAUCAUCUAGUGUUGGAUAAAUACUGCGGGAAGUCAUGA